AUGGUCCGCAUCACUCUCGCUGUUCUUUCCGCAUUCGCCCUCACCGCAAUGGCCAUCACCCCCAACAACGCGGGUGCCAAGAGCGUGGGCGCCGGCAACGGCGAACAGUUCAUCACGGGCGGAUGUGUCAACAACGCCGACUGCAGCUCGGCCUGCUGCGCCGAUGCAAGCGGUGUGGGCGUCUGCUCGGCCGAGGCAGCGCAGUUCCAGAACGGGAAGAAUGGGUGCGGCUUUGUUGACCCCAAUGCUGCUGCGACUAUUGCUGCGGCGAAGGCGCAGGUUGAGAAGCAGGGCUUCUAA